UUUAAUACCGGCGUCAGUGUAAAGCGAAAAACGUUUUGUUUAUUUGCUGUUUGCUCAGGUUAAAAAGUUUACUGGGUUUUCAAAGUAAUACCUCGUAAGUUUUAAUAAAAAUGAUGCGUGAUUCGGAUUUUGUUGACCCUAAAAAUGUGGUCAAAUGUCGAGAGCUUCUGUAUCGGCUAAUGAUAAGUCAAUUAUUUUAUGAUGGUCAUCAUCAGCUAGCAGUAGAACUGACUGGGUUAGUACGAGCCGAUCCACCAUGCCCGCCGUCAGAUCGUUUGUUGAACAUUUUUCGGCAGGCUAGUCAAAUCGAUACAAACAAGCCUACCAAUGUCUUCGAUGAAGUAACCUCUGGAUUGGAUUUGGAAUUUGAGAUUGAAAGUUCUGUACUUGCCCCGGAACCGGCAUCGUAUGAAACGGCUUACGUUACAUCCCACAAAGCUGCUUGCCGGGCCGGUUGUUUCAGUUAUGAUGGGCAACUGGUGGCCACCGGGAGUGUGGAUGCUAGCAUUAAAAUUUUAGAUGUAGACCGAAUGUUAGCAAAGUCGGCACCUGAUGAACAGGAACCCGGUAGGGAGCAGCAGGGUCAUCCCGUUAUCCGUACAUUGUAUGAUCACACGGACGAAGUAUCGUAUUUGGAAUUUCAUCCAAAAGAUCAGAUUCUCGCUUCAGCUGCACGUGAUCACACGGUCAAAUUGUUUGAUAUUUCAAAGGCAUCCGUUAAGAAAGCACAUCGGGUUUUGAGCGAUUGUUCGCCAGUUCGUUGCCUGGCAUUUCACCCAACUGGGGACUACAUGGCUGUUGGAACAGAUCAUCAUGUGCUGCGAGUUUAUGACGUACAAACAGGGCAAUGCUUCGUCAGCGCUAUUCCUUCUCAGCAGCAUACCGAUUCUAUUACGUGCGUGCGAUACGCAGUGAAUGCUAAAGUGUACGCCACCGGAAGCAUGGACGGCUCAAUUAAGUUAUGGGAUGGCGUUAGUGGCCGUUGUAUCAAUACUUUUGCGCAAGCCCACGAUGGUUCAGAAAUCUGCUCGGUUGUGUUUACCCGCAAUGGAAAAUAUUUGCUUUCAUCCGGUCAGGACUCGCUCGUCAAACUUUGGGAAUUGAGCACCAGUCGAUGUUUGAUUGCUUACACCGGGGCCGGCACCACUGGAAAACAGGAACAUCAGACUCAAGCCGUUUUCAAUCACACGGAAGACUAUGUUCUUUUUCCUGAUGAGGUUACUACUUCACUCUGUUCAUGGAAUUCGCGUAACGCAUCUCGGUGCCAUUUGAUGUCGCUGGGUCACAACGGGGCCGUUCGCUUUAUCGUCCAUUCGCCGAAUCAUCCGGCUUUCCUGACCUGUUCGGACGACUAUCGGGCACGAUUCUGGGUGAGACGAUCCAAUUCGCACUAGUAGAGUUGAGCAUAUUGAAAAAGAAUCCAGCAUGUUCAAACCAUUUUAUACCGAUCUUUAUACUAGUAGCAUUGACUACAAUAUUAACUGCUAUCGCAUUUCAUUCUUUUAUUGCCUAUUAUAGGUCCAUCAUGAAACACGCUGAAUAAAAACGAAACUAAAUACCGCACACGGUAAU